ACCGGGGCAAAACUCGCCGGAUCCCGGCGAAUCGGCGUUUUGAAUUGGAUGGCAUGGCUGGGGGUGUGGGCCUCCCGCCCCAUGUGCCGGGCAACGUGCAGGGCUGGCUGCGCGCGGAGCUGCGUGAUCUCCAACUGGAGGAGGCCGGGGCAGCCUUCAGCGAAAGCGCCUUCGGCGCUUUCGAGUGGUGGGGCCAGGACGGGGAGUGUUUGCCGCUGCGGGUCGCCCAGAGCAAGGAGCUGGCGGAGAGCGCGGAGUUUUCGAUCCGGGCCUCGCCCAAGUGUUUCGCGGCCUACCUGCAGGACAUGCAGUUCCUGCGGAUUCACUUGUACGAGGGCCGCUCCAAAGUGGGCCUUUGCGAGGUGAAUUUGCACCCGUGGCUGCGGGGGCCGGAUGGGGACUACAAGGUUCACGUGGACCGCUACUUUCCAGUGGUUCGCAGCCACGCGGACCGCAUGAUGCUGGGCCAAGUGCGGGUGUGCCUCUACAUGGAGUGGGCGGACUCGGCGGAGCUGAGGUGCAAGAAGGAGGCCUUGUCCUCCUUCGAGGCCCACGAGUGGCACGCCCAGCUUUCCGAACGGAAGGCCCAGCCGCAGCCGCAGCCGCAGCCUUCGUCGCGGUCACCGCUGCCCGGCAGAUGCCAGCACUGCGGUAGCGAGCUGGACUCGGACGCGAGGUUUUGCUGCCACUGCGGGGUGCGGUUUAACCAGCGAAAGGAAAUCCCCGUCGCCUCGGAUGGGGUCAAGGAGGCGGGUUUGGCUCGGAAGGUGCCGAGCCUCAAGCCGGAGAAGGAGAAGGAGGAGGACAGGGGCCUUUACUUGCAGGUGCACUUGUGCGGCAUGCGCCUGCGCAGAUCCGCGCUGCCAGACCCAGACGGGAUGAAGAUUGUCUAUCGCUUGGGUGUGACGGAGGAAGUUUCGGUCAUCGCAGCGAACGGGGAGCGGGCAGAUGAUCUUUGCUUCCUGCUGGGGUCCGUGAAAGCUUCCACGGCACCCAUGUGGCCAAACGCAGGCGCUCCCUCGCUGAAGUCACUGCAUUUCCACGCUUGGCAGGGCUCCAGCUUGGUGGGCCUCUCGACCUUGCAGCUGCCCGAGGCUUCCGAUCCUGCGCUUGAUGCUUUGUCUAGCUUCCUCCUGAGCCGCGACGUGGAGAUCGUGUCGCUGAGCAGUGGGCAAGUCAUCGGCUUGUUGCGAGUGGCGCUCUACGCGGCCUCAGCAAAGGCGGCUUUGCACAGGCCCAGCCAGCUGACGUCCUUGCCGGCGCCACUGCCCAUCGAAAAGAAACCGCCGGCCUCAGGCGAUGGCUCAGGUGACGAAUUGCCGCGCGAGGCCACGCCCAAACUCCGCAAGGCGGAGGACUCGGCUUCGGCUUCGGCCUCGGCGGGAUGUCCGGACGCGGACGCCUGUCUCUGGCUGGUGGCCUCCGGGGUUUCGGCGGAGGAAGUCCUGCAGGGCGCCGCCGCCGCCACUCCGCCGCUUCGAAGCGGCGGGAGGACGAACUUCGCCGUGCCGCUGGAGGACUUCUGCGCCGCGCUGGCGCGGAAGGUGCCGGAGCUCACGUCCCAGCAGGCCCUGCAGCUGGCGCAGCAGGCCAUGGCAGGCCCCGGGGAGUCCAAGGUGAGCGGCGACCUCUGGCGGGGCCUUCUCCGGGAGCUCUCCGCGCGCGUCGGCGCAGCACUGGACUUGUUGCAGGAGGGCAUCGGUGGGGAAGAGCUGGGCUGGUUCGCCGAGCAGCUGACCGCUUUGGGCCGGAAGCGUGUACAGAAGUCAGAGCUGGCCGCCUUGGUGGGGCAGAAGGCGCUUCCGCGCUGGGACCUCCUGGACGAGGUGCUGCGCUUGUUGGGCGCCUCCGCCUCGCUCCCCGCGGCGCCGUUGGCGCGCCUCGCCGCGCGCCGCGCCGAGGACUUCUGGCGCAGCCGGGCCGCAGCGGCCGAGGCGCCGGAGGCGGAGGAGGCGGAGGAGGCGGAGGAGGAGUGCCAAGGCCGUACACACGUGGAUUCUCCUGCUACGCAGCUGAUCUCCGGCCUCCUGUGCUUGAUCACUGCGGGAGAGCUGGAAGUUGAGGAGGUGGUGAAGCAGCUAGAUGCCGCAGCGCUGGAGGUGUCUGAGGCCCAGCCUCGGCUGUGGUGUGCCUCAGACGAUGUCAGCCUGGCCCGGAUCUUGGAGGAUUCCAACAGCGUGGGCUGUGUGUUGCGGGCCUGGCAGGCGCUGCGUUUGCCCACCAGCUCCUCAGCCGCGGUGGGCGCCCUACGACGCCUGGGCACCGUGGAGAAGAACCGCCUGCGGGUGCGGCACCUCGCCGACGAGCAGGGCGGCCGACCAAGCGCCCGCGUCUUUCUGGCGCUGCUGGCGGUGGGGCUGGGCCCGCAGCAGCUGGGCUCCCGGCUACGAACCUUCUGCGCGACGGCGGGCGCGGGCGCUGGCAACGAGGUGCACUUGGACCAGUUCUCCAGCUGCCUGCAGCAGGCUGGUGUCGCCAUGGCCUGGGCCGACGUGCUGAACCUGGGCCGCGGCUACGCGACCCAACAUGGGCUGCUGGAUGUGGGCGCCUUCUGCAAAGACUUCCAGGCCUGGCUGGCGCAGCGAAGCGCCCAGUGGCCCACAGGCACCGAAGGCAGCCUUUUCAGUGACACGCUGAUGUCGGGCUUCACCCGGCUGGAUUUGCCGGUCUAUUUGCUGUUCGCCUGCUUGGAUCAGCAGGGCCUCAACUUCCUGCCGGAAGCAGCGCUGCAGACCUUGGAGCAGUGGCCUUCUCCAGUGUCACGCCUGAUCCCUGGGGCGCGGCUGCUGUGCGACCCUGCGAAGCGGGGAGUGGUGACCUACGGGGACUUCCGGCGCUUCAGCAGUUACUUGGAUCAGCUCAGGCCCUUCCAGGCGGAGCGCGCGGAGCUCCGGGCGCAGCUGCGCGCGGCCCUGGCCGCGGAGCCGACGGCUGCGGCUUCGGCGGCGGCGCCGGCGGCGCCGGAAAGGCGGGGCCUGGAUGGCCCGGCGGACCUGGCAGGUUUGGCGCGGAUGAUGCGCGUGACGCCCUCUGCCGGUGAGCUUCUGGCGGGCGCCUUCUUGGCCGGUCGCCAAACAGACGGCCACGGCGGGCUGCAGCCCAGCUACCGGGACUUCCUGGCGAUGCUGCAGCGCGCCAAGGCCCUGCUGAGGCGGCACCGGGAGGACCUCCCGAAGCACUGCCUGGCAGCGUCGCUGGACUUGCAGCAGGUGAUCUACAAGCUGGCGCCUGGCGAGGGCAGAGACGUGGUGGUGGGCUGGGACGCGCUCCUUGCGGCUUUGGAGGCGGAGGGGCUCGACAGGUCCAAGAUGGACGUGGAGGAGCUCGCGUGCGCGCUGGACCUUUCCGGGCGCCGCCAGGUCUCCGUGGCGGAGCUGCUGGAGCUCUCGAGCGCCUGCCGCCUGCGCCACGAGCCGCUGCUGCGGCACCUGGCGGGCGGCUCAAGCCGCGGCUUUCAGCAGCUCCUGCACGUGCAGAAGGCCGCGAUGUACCCCGGUUGAUGGUGAGGCACGAGUGACGUGUUUGGCUGGAUCCCCUCACGGACGGGAAAUCGCGGAGGAGCCCUGUGAGGUUCCAGAGGCCGCAAGGACCACCGGAGGCCACGGGAGGCCUUGGACAAGGAGACGGACAUCUCGCGGAGUCGCUGCUCCGUUGUCGGCGUGUCGGCGUGUCGGCCCAUCGCCGGCAAGGUGGGUUGAGAUGCGGGCGACAGGUGGACACAGAUUUGCCGCGG